GCAAAAUCAAAUUUUAGUAGCGAUCGUACUUUAGCUCCGUGAGCGUCCGAGCGCGGAUAAAAAUUUCUGUAGAUACUUUUUUCUUUCUAACUAACUUUCAUACAGAACGCAAUUUCGAACAAGAACAAUAUAUAACUUAGCGCUGGAAUUCGCUUUGUUAAAAAAUCGAAAAAACAACGACUUUUUUAUCGUGUUGCUGGAUGAUUUAAAAAUAGAAAGCAAAAAUUUGCAUUUCUCAAAAAAAGAGAAUAAAAACUGCAAAGUGGUUUUCGAGAUUUGUCAGAUUGAAAUACAUAAAUUUUUUUUUGUAUCCCAGUGUGUCUCUAUUUUUUUCUAUUCUAUUCUAAUUAGAAAGAAAAAUUAAAUUAAACGAUCGUCAAGUUAAUAAAGAUAGAAAGAGAAAAAAAGUGCAAGAUCGUAAAAAAUUCUAUCUCUUCCCCAACUAUGAUUUGACAUCUCGGAUGUUCUGAUUCAAAAUACAUAUUUUUUUUUGUUAUUUUCUGUUUUUUAUGUGAUUUUUUUGAAAAAGAUUUUUCAACUCUUAGAAUAAAUAAAAUUAAAUCAAAAUGGUGCAAAACGAUAGUGCAACUAAUGUUUUAUUAAACGAUAAUAGGAAUACCGGCGGUGCUGUGGUUAAGGCGCAAAUUGUACCAGCUCAACCGAAAACAUUACAGCAUCUUCCGAAGCGUCCUGCUGUCGAUCUGGGAUUCCAUAAUGUGUCAUAUGGUGUAAAGGAAGGAGGAUCAAGCAGAGUGAAAAAAAUUCUCAAAGAUGUCAGUGGAAGACUGCGAUCUGGCGAACUUACCGCCAUUAUGGGACCAUCGGGUGCUGGAAAAAGUACCUUACUCAAUAUAUUAUCUGGCUACAAAACGAAUGUCACUGAGGGUACAAUAACAAUAAAUGGACGUGAGCGUAAUCUAAGCACAUUUCGCAAACUUUCGGCGUACAUCAUGCAAGACAACCAAUUGCAUUCGAAUUUAACCGUCCAAGAAGCAAUGACUGUGGCCACGAACUUGAAGCUUAGCCGAAGUUUCACCAGACCAGAAAAAAAUGCUGUGAUAGAUGACAUCCUUUUAACACUAAGCUUGAGCGAACAUCGAAACACCUUCACUCGAAAUUUGUCCGGUGGCCAAAAGAAACGUCUCUCUAUUGCCUUGGAACUUGUUAGCAAUCCACCGAUUAUGUUCUUCGAUGAGCCAACCUCCGGACUUGACAGUUCUACAUGUUUUCAAUGUAUUCACUUGCUCAAAAUGUUGGCCGCAGGCGGACGCACAAUCAUUUGCACCAUACAUCAGCCAUCGGCUCGUCUCUUCGAAAUGUUCGAUCAUUUGUACACUCUUGCCGAGGGUCAAUGUGUCUACCAGGGUAGCACAAAACAACUCGUACCAUUCCUGGGCACUCUCGGUCUAGAUUGUCCAAGCUACCACAAUCCAGCCAGUUAUGUGAUUGAAGUUGCAUGCGGGGAACAUGGUGAUAACCAGGGUAACCUUGUUAACGCUAUUGACAAUGGCAAACGUGAUAUUCGAACUGCUGCCGACUUUGCUGGCAUCAAGGCACGCAACGAUCUUGUCAAAGUACAUAAUUUGAAAGCCAUGCUGGACAAAAACGAUGCUCAAAAUGCAACCUGCUCUAAGUUUGCUGAAAAUAUAUCGCUCAACAAUCAGCUAUUAACUGCUAAUUUGGUCAAUGAUUUGGCCAAGGAUACUGAAGUUGUGCCUGCAGCACAAACUAAUGAGAAAGGAGAUUCGGUGAUCGAUGUGGAGAAGAAUGACAAUGUGAAGACUGCACUUCUUGCCGAUAAAAAUGCUAUGGAAGAAAUUACUUCACCAGAACGAUAUCCUACGUCACAGACUCAUCAAUUCUUUGUGGUGCUGAAACGAACUUUGCUCUUUAACUAUCGUGAUUGGACUCUUAUGUAUCUUCGACUAUUUGCUCAUUUAUUGGUUGGAUGCCUUAUUGGUGCUCUUUACUAUGACAUUGGCAAUGAUGGUGCCAAGGUCUUAAGUAAUUUGGGUUUUCUGUUCUUCAAUAUGCUCUUCUUGAUGUACACAUCCAUGACAAUAACAAUUUUAUCAUUCCCUCUUGAGAUGCCCGUGCUAUUGAAAGAAAACUUUAACCGUUGGUACUCUCUAAAAUCGUAUUAUUUGGCAAUAACCGUUUCCGAUAUACCAUUCCAGGCUGUAUUUUGUAUAAUCUACGUAUCAUUAGUUUACUACUUCACCUCACAGCCAUGGGAACUAUGGAGGUUCACAAUGUUCCUAUCCGCUUGUCUCCUCAUAUCAUUCGUAGCUCAAAGUGUUGGUUUGGUUGUCGGUGCAGCCAUGAACGUUCAAAAUGGUGUUUUCUUAGCUCCAGUAAUGUCCGUGCCGUUCCUGCUUUUCUCCGGAUUCUUUGUCUCCUUCGAUGCGAUACCUGUGUAUCUUCGCUGGAUGACAUAUCUCUCUUACAUCCGUUACGGUUUCGAAGGAACAGCUCUGGCCACUUAUGGAUAUGGUCGUGAAAAACUCAAAUGCCACCAAACUUAUUGCCACUUUAAGUCGCCACUUACCACUCUCGAAGAAUUGGACAUGACCAACGCCGAUUUCAAACUCGAUAUUAUUGCCUUAGUUGUAAUAUUCAUUGUGCUGAGAAUUUCAGCGUAUCUAUUCCUGCGAUGGAAGUUGAAGACAGCACGAUAAGAAAUGUCUAAAUUUUGAUAUUUUUUAUCAUUUUUUUCCUUAUGUGUAUUCUUUUUUCUAUCAUCUUGUUGUUUUUAAUUUUUUUUCUUUAGUGUUUAAGUACAUUUUUUUUUGCAAAUUUUGGUGCAAAUAAAGCUAUAUACACAAAGACAUAAAAAACAUAUAAAUGUAAUUUAAAAAAAUUCAAAAUUUGUAUUAAAAUUAAGAAUUUAUAUAAAAUAAUUUAUAAAAUUUACUAAAAAAAAAAAACCGCUUUGAAAAAAGAUUAUUAUAAAAAUACAAAAAAAUCUACUAAAACCAACAAUGAAAAAGGCUGGUUUUGUAUACACGAACAAAGUAAAACAAAAAAACAAACAUAAAAUUUUAACUUAUAUACCUAUUAUAUAUAAUAUAUUAUAUAAAUAAAUUAUUAUAAAGAAAAAAAUGUAACAAUAAAAAUAAUAAUUGAUGUUGAAAAUAAAAGAAUUUUUAACUGGUAAAAUUUACAAGCCACACAGGUACACAAUUUAAAAAUUGUGUGCACACAAAAUUUGAUAUUUUUUUAUAUAAUAAUAAGUGUGCAAUAGAGAGAAUAUAUGUGUUAAAUUCUUUUUAUUUUUAUACAUAUUGUAAAAUGGAAAAAUGUUUUUGUAGGUG